AUGUCUGCUAUCAUUCGACUGUGUAUUGCUGUUGUGCUUUGUGUCAGCAUAACAAGUGCUGAAGACUUGCAGGUUGGUAGUUUAGUCAAUACCACUCUGGUGUACAGUGAAGAGGUGAAGUUAUCUUCUAUUCCUUUGACUACUAGAGAGAAAAACGUCUUCUAUAACACGAACAAUUCCUCAAAAAUUAUCAAGGCUAUAUCAGCAGUAGAUUUGAACAAAUCAAAAGCCCGUGUGUCGAUCACAUCAGGUGGUAUUGAUGCCCUUUACGUAAACGUAAGAUUGAAGAGCAGCCGCGGAGAUGGUCUCAACUAUCUUGUGCAGAUAUUCGUUUAA